AUGGCCGAGGUGUGUGCCAGGGCCGUGGUGGUCGUGGUGAUGGUGAUGGGGGCGGCGGUGGGCGGUGAGUCAGCAAGGGAGGUUGGCGUGGUGAGGUUCCAGACAAGCGACGUGGCCACCACCGAGUCUAUGCUGGACACGGGCCUGGGUCGCAUUCCAGCCCUCAGACAGGUGACACUGUUGGUCCACCUCAAGCUGCGUCGCGUCACCUCCCACAUCCCGCUGCUCAACUAUGCCGUGGAGGGCACUAACGAGGAGCUGUUCGUGGAGCUGGUGUCUAAGAAGAAGGACAUGCACGUACAGUGUUGCGGCGGGCUCGUCUCCCAGGCGCUCAGGUUCAAGCUCAAGAUGUUCCACUGGCAGCACAUAUGUGUGUCGCUCAACCUGGACACCCGUGUGUUGCACGUCAUCUACGACGACCUGGAGUACCGGCGUCACCUCUCAGUGCCUGAUGUGGACCCUGGGGCGCGGCUGGAGGUGCGCGGCGGCGGCCGUCUGGUGGUGGGCCAGAAGCUAUACUCCCUGGCCGGGGACUUCAUCGUGCUGGAAACCCUGGACGGCGAGGUGGGUGACUGGCGGCUGUACGACAUAGCCCUGGAGCCGGCCCAGAUGAAGGAGCUGCUCGCUUGCCGCGACGUGAAUGACCUGCGGACUCCGAUGAUCGACCUGUGGAGCGGCCACUUCAAGGUGCUGGGCCCCACCGCCAGGCGCAACAUAACGCUGGCCGAGAUCUGCAGCGACAGGGUCUCGGGCUUCUACUUAUUCUUCCCGCAGAAGACGGCGUUCAGCAAUGCGUUCUCUUGGUGCCGCAAGCUCAAGGGUAACCUCAUCCUGCCGCAGGAAAACGUCACCAACGCCUAUUUCUUUGACCGCUUCGUCAGUUACAAGGACGAGUGUGACGACAUCUGGACGCACCUCUUCUGGAUCGGCUCCAGCGGGAACCUGACGAGCCGCGAGUGGGAGAGACUGACGGACGGCGAGCUCGUCACGUGGCACCCCUUCUUGAGGGAGUACCGCACCGUCACGCCGGAGUUCCAGUGCAUCGCCGUAGUCACCCACGACCCCUACAAGUGGGCGGCGUGCCCCUGCGACAUCGAAACGUGUGUCCUCUGCAACUUUACCACCCACCCAGAAAUGCGGCUGCGCGGCCUCUGCAGGGACUCCUCCUUCGACAGGCGCUUCUCCUUCCGCGAUAACAGGGACUACAAUCUGAUCUUUGACGGUCUGGCCCACGUGAUGAUGAAGGAGCAGAACGGCACGUGGAUCAUGCGGAGCCGCCUCUACCCAACCCUGAGGGCCCGCAUGGUGUCCCAGUGGGUGGGGCAGUACCCUGUGGGCGUCCACACGUGGCUCAUCGAGGGUGACAGAUGCCGCCAGAAGGAGGUUGAACUGCUGCUGACGUCUUGCCACAACGACGAGUACACGUGUAACGAUGGGUCCUGCAUCGAAAAGAGCCGCCGCUGUGACCUGAGCGUGGACUGUGACGACCAGAGCGACGAGAUGGACUGCUCGGUGGUGGUGGUGCCCGAGGGAUACCCCGAACAGCUGCCGCCGCCCACCUACAAGAGCACGCCGCUGCCCAUCCUCUUCGCCCUCAACAUCACUUCGGUGAGGAAGUUCAGCUUGGCGUCCUUCACCAUCGAAAUCGACGUGAACAUAAGGACGCAGUGGAGGGACCGCCGCCUCAAGUACAAAAACCUGCUGGCGAACUCAAUGGCCAACAAGCUGCAGGAGUGGACCGAGGUGUGGACGCCGCGCCUGGAGAUGGAGGACGGCACUCAGAGCCCCGUGGAGGUCAUGACACACUCCCAGGCCGCCUACGUGGAGCGAACCUCUCGGCCGCUGCCCGACGAUGACACCACCAUCAGGGAAGACGUGACGUACAGCGGCGAGGCCAACAUGCUGGUGUUCCUGGACGAGACGACGCUCACCUUCAAGUGUCACUUCGAGCUCCAGAUGUACCCGUUCGACCGUCAGCACUGCUUCAUGGUCUUCAGGAUCAAGGACAUGAAGGAGGAACUCGGCGUCCUGGUGCAGGACGGGCCGGGGGUCACGUUCAAGGGAUCCAGGUACCUGCUGGAGUACACCCUCGUCAAGGAAUCAUUCAGCAACUUCUCCUACCAAGAGACCAGUCAAAUACAGAUCCGCUUUGAGUUCCGCAACCAGUACGGCUACUAUAUUGGCAACACUUUCCUGCCCAGCCUCAUGCAGGUGAUCAUCUCGCUGGUAACACUGCGCUUCGAUCUGGCGGACUUCCAGGACCGCAUCAUGGUGUCCCUGACGUCCCUCCUCGUGCUGGCGACCUACUUUACGCAGACCAGUCAGACCAUCCCCAAGACCUCCUACCUCAAGCUGAUUGACGUGUGGUUCGUGGCUCUCAUCACGCUGGACUUCGGCGUCAUCCUGUCCCUGGUCUACGUGGAGACGUUGAGGAUCAAGGAGAGGGAGAGGGAGAGCGUCGUCAAGGCCUUCAGAGUCUCUCCCGCUGGUGAAGUCGCCAGGAUGGGUGGGAGGCGCUUCACGGCUUCAUAUUCUUGCUCCUCGCUGCGAGCCCUGCUCUCGUCCCGCCUCCCGUCCUGCCCUGCCGAGACGAACGUUUUCUUCAUCAAGUUUUUCUCCAUGACGAUAGUGCUCAUGCUGGUCUGCUUCGUGUCCACUUGUAUCUACGGGAUGUACAUGGAUGACUAAGCAAAGAGAAUGUGACGCGACUUUGUACACCGGCUCAUCCCUAUGCUGUCCAACUUCCUAAUGCAAAAGUUAUCUAGUGUCUUUAAUCUUUCAUCUCCUGUAUCCUUCAAUGCAUAUUGAUAUAUACGAAGAGAAUGUGACACGACUUUGUAUUCAGGCUCAUCCAUCUGCUGUCCAACUUCCUAAUGCAAAAGUUAACCAGUGUUUAUACUUUUCAUCUGUCUCCUGCGAGGUGUGUGGAAAGGUUGGAAAGUUUCGUGGGUGGAAAGGUUAGAAAAUUUCGUUUAGUCGGCGCAACAUCUGUGGUCAUAUGCCGGAGAGAGACAGAAGGGGAAGGAAUUAUAGGAAAGGGAACAGACCCCAGGAGACGGGACACAAACCCCGAUUAAUACCUGCUGGGUGGACAGGAGCGUAGGGUAUCAGAAAAGCCGCCCAAAUUUUUCCAUUCCGCCCAGGAAUCGAACACGGGCUCUCUCGGUUGUGAGCCGAGUAUGCUAACCACUGCACCACGAAAACCCCGAGAAGUGUGUGGAUGACUAGGCGAAGAGAAUAUGACUCGACUUUCUAUUCAAGCUCAUCCAUAUGGUAUCGAACUUCCUAAUGCAAAAGGUAACUGGUGUCUAAACUCCACCUCGCGUCGCUAAACUCUGAACAGCCUCCCUUCGUCCGUAUUUCUUUUUGCCUAUGACUUCGGAUUUUUAAAGAGAAGUGUACCAAGACCUCCAUAAUCCAAAUUGACCAGUCUUUAGUAAUCUUCUGUAUUUUGUAUGGUGAGGACAGCCGCUCUUAAGACUCGUUUUCUACAUUCGGAAGUUGG